GCUUACCCUCUCUAGAUCCAUCCAACAGCUCUACAACUUCUUCUUCAGGUCCUUUGACAGGCUUUUCAGCAAACAUACAAGGAGCACGGGUUUACCUUCAAGGGCCAGCGCCUGUUGGGACUCCCAGCUUUAACAGACAGCAUUUUUCACCACAUCCUUGGACAAGCGCAACAAAUUCAUGUGAAUCUCCUAUUCCAUCAGUUUCGUCAGGAUCAUCUUCGCCUCUUUCAGCUGCUUCUGCACCUUCUAACUUGGGCCAGCCAAAAACGGGUAACGCCAAUCAAGAUCGAAAGGUACCCCCUCCCAUCGGAACAGAAAGGCUGGCUCGAAUUCGACAGGGAGGAUCGGUCACUCCUACACCCUUAGGAACCAACUUCACAGCUCCUGUUGGUCACAGCGGUAUUUGGUCCUUUGGAGUUAACAGUGUAUCUGAAGGCUUGUCAGGUUGGUCUCAGCCUGUCAUGGGAAAUCAUCCGAUGCAUCAGCAGCUGUCGGACCCAGGCACAUUUUCUCAGCAUCAGCCAAUGGAGAGAGAUGAUUCUGGAAUAGUGGCUCCCUCAAAUAUUUUCCACCAACCUAUGCCAAAUAGUUUUGUCGAUUUUUCUAAAGGCCUACCAAUCUCCAUGUAUGGCGGCACUCUCAUACCCUCGCACCCUCAGCUAGCGGAUGGCCCAGGAGGCCCUCUCUUCAACGGGCUCCAUACUCCAGAUCCCGCCUGGAACCCCAUGAUCAAAGUUGUCCAGAACUCGACAGAAUGUACGGAUGCUCAGCAGAUUUGGCCUGGCACCUGGGCACCUCACAUUGGAAACAUGCAUCUCAAGUACGUCAACUGAUUUAAGGGUGUCUAUUCUUUUUUAGCCUUGUUUGAGAAUCUUUAUGAUCUUGAAGAACCUUGGGGAUUUUUUUUAAUGUGCCUAACUAAGGAAUUUUUCUGUGGGCUGUAAAAAAUGGAAACUUGAUUGCCCAUUGUAUAAGAACAAAUUGAUUUACCUAUACAAACUGAUUCUGUUCUCUAGUUAGUUUAGCCAUUAAAAUUAAAAAUCAGACUAAACUAGUGCUUUUGGCUAAACACUACUGAACGCUCCUUGUAUGCAGCAGAGAACUAUCUGAUUACAUGAUUUCAACCUUUUAGGAUGGUAAAUACAUCUAUAAUUGUUUACAUACUUAAAAAGAAAAGCUGAGUAAAAUUCAUGUGGAAUAGUGGC